UAGUUUAAUGUGAUGUGUUGUUAUAUCUGAAUGGGGUUCGGUGUGUACAGCAUGCAUGUGUAUUAUAUUAUAUUUAUUAGGGCCGGUGAGCCUGAUCUGAAGGGCUGGAGGAUUGUCCGGGCUGCUUGUGGAGAAGUUGCACCAGACCUCCUGCAGAAACCUGCCAUUUAAACUAAACUUCACCUUUUAUAGUGAAACGGAGAUCAUUGAAAUCAUCUCAGGGUGUCACUCGGGCGUUGUGGUGCAAUCGGCAAUGCGCAGAAUAUGGAUUUACUGAGAAAACAACAGUUUGUUUUGUGAUGCACUUCUCCAGUUGAACCAUGAAGACUCUGAUGGUGUUCGAUUUUGACCACACUGUGGUGGAUGACAACAGUGACACUUGGGUGAUUAGAUGCCUACCAGGUCAGACUCUUCCUGACUCUGUGGAGAAUUCCUACAGAAAAGGCCACUGGACUGAGUUCAUGUGCAGAGUGAUGAACUACAUAGGAGACCAGAAGGUCAGCCCCGACAGUGUCCGCAAUGUGAUGGAGACCAUCCCCUUCACUGCUGGCAUGACGGACCUGCUGACAUUCAUAUCCGAUCACAAGAGCACCAUCGACUGCAUCGUCAUCUCUGACUCCAACACCGUGUUCAUAGACUGGGUCCUCCAUGCAUCUGGACUCCAGGCGGCUGUCGACAGGGUCUUCUCCAACCCGGCUAAGUUCAACGAGCUCGGGUACUUGGAGGUGCAGUGCUACCACUCUCACGACUGCGAUCGCUGCCCCGUCAACCUCUGCAAGAGAAAAGUCCUGGAGCUGUACCUGUCAGAGCAGUGCGACGGAGGUGUGGAGUACGAGCGGGUACUUUACGCAGGCGACGGCGGGAAUGAUCUCUGUCCUACUUCCUGUCUGAGGGAGCGCGAUGUCGUGAUGCCCAGGAAGGGGUUCACCCUGGAGAAACUGCUGGCCAAACGGAAGGAUAACGCUUCCCUAAGUGCUAAAGUCAUUGCGUGGAGCAGUGGCACUGAGAUCCUCGAGGAACUGAGGGCGAGUAUGCAGUAGUAGCUCGGAACAUGGAGCACAAUACUUGAUCAAAGUCUCAGUUGUAACUUGUAACUGAAAUAUUGCACUUGCAGCUCCCAGUGAUUGUUUAAAAAAAAAAGAAAAAAAAGAAAAGAAAGCUAAGACAGUAUUUAUAUUUUUGAAAGUACAAUUUUGUUGGUAAAAUGAUUCAAAAUUAGGUACAUAUCCUUGACAGUAAAACCCCCCUCAAACAAGGUUGGACUCUCAGCUACAAUUCAGAUUCGGGGUAUGGAGGCAUCUGUGUCCAAUUGCAAUACAAAUACCGUACAGAAACAAUGUUUACAUUGAGCGGACAUUUGUGGAUCAAAGUUUACAGAAAAGCCUCUGUACGAGAUGCUUUAUGCGGUAUUCAGAGCAUAUCUAUUGCCUCCACACGGCUCUCACCAUGGCGGCGGCUGAGCUGGCGGCUUACGGCUAACGGCGUUAACAGUGCAAACUACGACAUACAGAGCUGCUAGCGGCGACGCAGUCAGUUGCAGACGGCGUUAUCGGCUGUAACCAGUGGGGCGCGCUCACUACAAAGCACGUGCGGCCGGCCCUGGCCGUGUUUCAAAGCAACCAGUAACAACACACACUCUGUCUUUACACAGCAAAUGGUUGUUCGCCGCCACAUUAAUGCUCUGAAUAUCGAAUAGAGAACCUUUAGCUCUGGGCAAGAAAGCAAAUAAUUGCAUUUCCCAAAAUAUACUCCCUUAAGAGAAUCCCUGACAGACCCUGUUGUUACCAUUUUUCAACCACAUUA